AUGAAUAUAAAUACAUGUUUUCGAGGCUCCCCGCCCAACCAUACCCGUACUUUGGGAACCCCUCUCUGCUCAUACGAUUUCAUUUUUGGAAGAUCCUGCCGUUAUUACCUACCGACUGCAAGGGACGACUGACGGUCCCCACCCGGUGCUUGGAAAGGGGAGACAGGGUCCCCUUACGAUAGGGGGAUUGGCAUCCAGACAACUACGGUGCCGCCACUGAGCAGGUAAGGAACAUUUCUUGGGAGUGGGGAAUCAUUCUCCGCAUAAACAAGAACGACGAGUACUUGGCAUUGUUGGCUGGGUAUGAGUUUGAAAUAACCGCUGUACAUUGUACAUGUACUCGAGUAGAUGAUAACGAUCCGGACCGGCUCCGGUACCAACGGUUGGCUGCAGGAUCUUCAGGAAGCCGAGUAAGAGUUGGGAUGAAAAACGGGCAGCCCGUCGACGAACCAAUACCUACGGCAGCGUAUGAGCGCACAGCACAGUAUCAUACCUCUCCAAGGCUCGCUCCCACCGCCUUGGAAGAAGAAAAAUCGGUGGUAUGGAAAAUACGUAGGGGAGCCGGGGCGGGCAGCACUGUUGGGAUUAACUCUUCAGGCUUCGUUGAGCUUCUCCUUAAUUUUUCGGAUUGGCGGACAAAGGGUGCCAUUCCGAACAUACCGGCAUUUCCAUCCCCAUUUCCAUCCUAUGAUACAGUAAUUGCCCACGUCUAUCGCUCAGCCAGGAGGUGCCGUAGGCAUUCAAUGCGCAGGAGAGGGAGACCUGCAUCUGACAUCUGCUCUGUAGCUUCUUCCGCGGCUUUCUCCACGUUCACGUUCACUUUCGCUCACACCCCCGUCGACUCCUUCCGCUCCUCAACAAAUCACGCUCGACAAACCGAUUCCCGAGCGGUGCACCCAGAACAUCUGAAUACAGGGCUUUAUUUCAGCGAAGCUUUAACUUAUCCUCUCUCCAUUCAAACGAAUAAUGUCGACCUCUUCGGGCCUCCCUCUCCCACGUCCAAUUCCCCGCCGCCCCCAAACGAUCGAGAUGGUCUCCCCUUCCCCCUCUCCCAAUGCUACUCCAUCGCCCCUCCUACCUUCCUCGGAUAAUCUUGCAUCACCGGCGGACGGCCUCUCUCCGGCAGAGUCUAGACCCCCAAAGCGCACCAAAUCUGCAAUCGCCUUAACCUCGUCGACACUCUUCGGAAUCUACUCCCUCUCCGACGAUGCCAGCAAGGACGCUGAGCCCUCCACUCCUCUCCUAUCUCACAACUCAUCUGUCAUUGAUAUGGCCGACUUCGCCCUUAAUAAAGGAACCCUGUCCCAUGUGCCCGUGGGGCAUACUCGGAAAGAGCCAGUGCCAUGGUAUAUGGUUGCCAUGAGGGGUGUCGCCCUAUUCGCCUUCGGCGUUGCAUACGGCGCUGUUGUUACCGAUUUGCAUAAUUCCAAGAAAUUCUCACCAGCUACGGUAGAUAUUGACCGGUACAAUCCGAGGUAUCUUGUUCAGUGGGGAUUGGCGGGUGUGGUGUUGGGUUCGUUGUUGCCAUGGUUGGAUGGAGAAGAUAUGGGUGAUGGGCGCACUGGGGCAAAAAUCGAUUGGGAUCCUGCGGUCAGGAGUAUCGGUGCUUUUGUCGGUAUUGCUUAUGCUAUUGUAUUACUCCGCCCUUCUGUCCCUCGUUUCUCUUUUUGCCAAAUCCGUGCUGAUAGUUUUAUAGAGAAAGCUCCCUUGGCAAUCAACCCUGCAGGUUAGCGUGUCGCUGUCGCUCGUGAACCCGUUCCUAUGGUAUCUCAUUGACCGCACCCGCGUCGGCUUCUGGCUUUCUGCGGCCGUCGGAGUUGCUGGGACAGCUUUCCUUUUGCAAACCAAUCCGGAGAUGAUCCAGGCCCCGGAAACCAUCUCUUUCCCGGACGAGAGCAAGAUUGCGGGAUCAGUCUCUGUGGAGAGCUUUGGCGUUACGGUUUGGAUUGCAAGCGUUCUGUUUUGCAGCUGUGUUUGCUUUGGUAAUAUUGGGAGGAGGUUUGCCUCUAUGGAGAGGAGAGGUUAGUUGGGAUGGGAUAUGAGUCGUCGUGCAAUGAUGACCAGUUGAAGGCGGGCAGUUGACAGGUGGGUGAAAUGGGUGGAUGGGGCUAAUUUUUGGUUAUACUCGAGUUUCUAAUUGUAAAUGAGCCGUUUGGCUUUCCUCUUGCAUUGGAUCACCACCCUUGUCGUACUCAGAAUGUGAAGCUGGACUGCUCCCAUCGAAUUCCCCGGCUGUACAGUACACGUCUAAAAAGGUAUUUCUAUACAAUCUAGAGACAUCAAAGAGUACAGGCAAG